AUUUCUUCGAUUAACUUUCUCUACGAGUCUGUGCAUCUCUGGUUCGCCUCUUUCUUGUUUCCGCUUCUUUGAAAAUUGUUGUAGGAUCUUUGGAUUUUACGCUUUUGAUUCUCUGAGAUCUUGGAAUGGCUCAAGCGGUUGAAGAAUGGUACAAGCAGAUGCCCAUCAUAACUCGUUCUUAUCUUACAGCCGCUAUAGUUACAACCGUCGGAUGUUCACUAGAUAUAAUUUCUCCAUAUAAUUUGUACUUGAACCCAAAACUCGUCGUUAACCACUAUGAGUUCUGGCGUCUCAUUACGAAUUUCUUUUACUUUCGGAAAAUGGAUUUGGACUUCUUGUUCCAUAUGUUCUUCCUUGCUCGAUACUGCAAGCUUCUCGAAGAGAAUUCCUUCAGGGGAAGAACUGCAGAUUUCUUUUACAUGCUCUUAUUUGGUGCAACUGUUUUAACCACAAUAGUUCUUGUUGGUGGGAUGAUACCUUAUGUGUCAGCAUCUUUUGCAAGAAUCUUCUUCCUCAGCAAUUCAUUGACAUUCAUGAUGGUUUAUGUAUGGAGCAAGCAGAACCCCUUCAUCCAUAUGAGUUUCUUGGGUCUCUUUACUUUCACAGCAGCUUACCUACCAUGGGUUCUUCUGGGUUUUUCUGUCCUUGUUGGUACCAGUGCUUGGGUGGAUUUGCUGGGAAUGAUAGCUGGUCAUGCCUAUUAUUUCCUUGAAGAUGUCUACCCACGGAUGACAGGUCGUCGACCUCUAAGGACUCCCGCAUUUAUCAAAUCACUGUUUGCUGAUGAUACUGUUGUGGUGACCCGGCCUGCAAACGUUAGGUUUGCCGCUCCUCCAGCACAAGAUAUUCACCAAGAUUAGAAAAACCACUUGGGUGUGCUGCCCAUGGGGAUGUGGACAUUGUUGAUAUCAAUCUUCCCCUGCAAAUGGUUGGAGGGCUACACAUGAGCUAAGCAUUGGCCUUUUGUAAUUUGAUAGAUGCAAUCUGGUCAAGUACUGAGGCAUGGUAAAUUGGUGGUGGAUGUAGCUUUGAUGGUUGGUGUCUGACAAGAACUGACAGUGUUGGUGAUUGGAGAAUUACUAUAGAUCAUUGCUGAUGUUAUAUAGUCUCUGAUUUGAGUCUUUAAACCGGAUGUUUUGCAAAUUUGCAUCCAUUGUGUAUAUCAUAGCUUGACAACAAUGUUCCAUUUGCAUUUUUUUUGUAAUCUCAGUUUUGUUUGUUCUGAAAAAUUGCUUGGUCAGUCAAUUCUACUUCUACUCAGAC